ACGGUGGGAAAAUUAAAACGAAACGUUUUAUUUUUUUAUUUUUUUAAAAAAAAACGAGGAAAUGGCCCCCACGAUCUCUUUUGUCUCUCCAGCCCUCCACCCAAAGGCCGAAGCCCUCCCCUUCUCUUCUCUUCCUCCUCCUCCUAGUGGUAGCGGUAGCGGCAGCUAUAGAUCGAGAGGAAAUCUCUUAUUUUCUCCUUCUAAAUCAAAGCAUUCCAUCUCCAUCUCUCGCUUAGCUUCGAAUCCGCCUCCGUCGACACCGGAGAAGCCGCCUGAGAUCGAGCUCGAAUUCGUCGGGCCGAAAGCGGGAGAGGAUGGGUCAUAUCCGGUGGACAGGGCUUCCGCGAUCAGUGGAGAGAAGCUUCUUCGCAACAUUAUGCUCGACAACAAGAUCGAGCUCUACGCCGCAUACGGGAAAGUAAUGAACUGUGGAGGAGGUGGAAGCUGUGGAACAUGCAUUGUGGAGAUUAUUGAUGGCAUGGAACUUCUGAAUGAGAAAACUGACACCGAAAAACGGUACUUGAAAAAGAAACCUGAAUCUUGGAGGCUCGCUUGUCAAACUAUUGUUGGAAAUAAGGAAAAUGCUGGGAAGGUUAUUGUUCAGCGGAUGCCCCAGUGGAAGAAGUGAUCUGCAAUUCCUUUCAAAUUUUGUAAGAUGAUUACUCCACAACUUUUAAGUUUGUAAUGUCCUCCUGGAGUUUGCAAUAUCAAAUUUUGUGGUGAAAUAUAAAUUGAUAUCCUAUUGAGCAUCACGUCUUGAAUAGAAGAUUGUAUUGAAGAAAAAGAAUUUCAUUGAUAUAAUGAGAAUCGUUCAGCAAA